AUGGCUUCCUCCACCGCCAGAUCAUCGGAAGGCCACUACCGAGGAGUCAGGAAGCGGCCGUGGGGCCGCUACGCCGCCGAAAUCCGCGACCCCUGGAAGAAAACCCGCGUCUGGCUCGGAACAUUCGACACCCCGGAGGAAGCCGCCCUCGCCUACGACGGCGCCGCCCGCUCCCUCCGCGGAAACAAGGCCAAGACCAACUUCCCUCCAUCCCCGGCCGCCUGCUCCUCCCCAAUCGCCGCCGCCGCCCUCCCUUCCACCGGCUUGUCGCUGGAUCUCAACUCCCCCACCUCCGGCGACAACCCCCACCGCCAUUUCCUCCACCACCACCGCUGGACGGCCGCCGCCGUCGGCGGCCCGCGUUUCUCCCUCGGCGAGUUCCUCCAGACCGGCGUCCUGAAAGAGAUCACCGCCGAAAAUCCCGUCACCGUCGCAUCCGCAGCUCCCUCUGGCGGCGUCGCUGCCGCUCCGCCGCCGUUUUUGGGAAUCGUGAGGCGCGGGCUGCCUAUUGAUUUGAACGAGCCUCCGCCGAUGUGGUUGUAA